AGGAAAAGGGAAUGGAGGGGCGGGCGUCUCGGGCCGUAGAGGUGUAGAGGAUUUAAUAUUUGAUUAAACGCGACAGGAUUACUACAACCCAGACCCAAUCCCAUCCACCCCAUCCCCGACCACCGCCAGUACCCUUCCACCCGCCCUCCUGCUAAUGUUGUUUUGACGGAGUCGCUGGAUCGUAAUUGUUAAUCCAGCAGCGGCGGUUGAUUACGUGUACGGCGGGACGAGGGAGGACAGGGAAGGGCGUGCUUUGACGGAAUGGAGUGAUGUGUCAGUUAGUGGUGUGUCUGUUAGUGGAGGGCCGUAUCCCCAGACGCUGUUGGAUCUCACAACAUAUAUUUUCAAAGGGCGCAAGGGAGAUUAGUUGUGCCCGGCAGCGUGGGGUAAGGGAGGACAGGGAAGUGUGUUGGGAUUGAAUGGAAUGGUGGGUCAUUGGAGGUUCGUAUUCCUAGACACUUUCGGCUCACUUCAUAUAUUUUCAAAGCCCGCAAAGGAGAUUAGUCGGGUGCAUAACCUUGUCAGACUAUCACUAGGUCCGAACAAUUCCCCGUGGGAAUACUAACAUACUCUCUACGAAAUCGUCAUUAAAUAUUGGAGUGUAAGCCGUGAAAUGUUUGAGAAUAUGGGUGUGCGACUGGAUUCCUUCAAACCACCACUACCACCACCACCGUUCGUCUAUGUUACGAGUGUGUUGCCUUGAUGCUGAUGCGAAGUCUUCGGUAAAUGUUGCGGUGAUUAACAAGGUACGUGGGACAGGGCAGGGCGCAUGUGUGUCGCCACUUGUUUUGACUCUGGGUACGAUGAGAUUAAGGUUGAGGCUGCUGUGAUGAGGCUCUUUAUGCGCCGGAGUACUUUAGUGUGUGUGUGUGUGUGUGUGUGUGUGUGUGUGUGUGUGUGUGUGUGUGUGUAAUAAUUAAAAAUACUCUAAAUGAAUUAUCAAACUUAUGAUAAUGAUAAUAGUAAUAAUAAUAACAAUACAUUUAUAGCUAAACUAAAGCAACCAAUUCAGACCGUGUGUGUACCCUCGCUCCACAGCGGAGAGAUCUUGUGUUGGAUCCCCGGCAGGAUGAAACGGAUGAGGGUUCUUUACUCCUGAGCCCUUGUCCACUCAGCAGCAGUGUGUGUGUGGCGGAGGGUUGUGGGCCCUGUCCCUUGUGGCGCACCUGAGGGUCUUUGGUUCACGACGCUCCACGUUGAGUGCACACACUCGCGCACCAAAGUUUAGACUACUACGUCCUCGCUCCAGCAGGACUUCAGCUCAUUAGUUCUCCAGUGCUUCAGUCUAAACUUCAGGGCUCCUCUACGUUCGUCUGUGUUAUGAGCUCCACACCACAGACACACUAAUGGCUGGUGUUACUACUCUGGGUGCUGUAAGGCACAUCACCGUGAGCACGCACGCGCUCACUGUUUCGCCCCAUUUCCUAUUAUAUACAUUAUACAACCCGCGUAUACAGAGAACUACAAACGUGGAGGACAGGCUUGACGGGGACUCGAGUAACAAAUGGGGUCAAUUUUGAGUUCCCUGGAGAGCCGCUGUUACUUGGCUUUCUAUCCCUCUAUCACGCGUUUUCCAGCCUAGACACUUGUCGCUGUCCCGCUCCUCUGCUGAUCCCCGCCACCACCACCACCACCACCAAGAGGUAGCGCCGCAGCAGAGCUGAGCCUGAGCACUAGACAGGCAGUCAGUGUGUUGCCAGCUGCCAUCGCGGGUGGAUACGUGCGUGCCGUGUUUCAGAGCAUUACCGGGCGUUAUGCUGAGCCAUCUCGAAGAACUACGUGCCGCUGCUGAAUAGAGGAGAAAAAAAAAAUCGUAAGAGGAAGAAAUACAGACGAAUAACAGCAGGUGCACAUUCGUGUUUUGUUCUGUGAUGCGAGACAAUGGCCGGCGAUGUAGAAGGAUGAGGCCGGGCAGGAGCGGUUAGCCUCAGGGCGCGGCUGUGUCUGUCCCUCCGAGCCGGCCAGCGUGGCGGUGCCUGAGGAUGGGCCGCGGUGUGUGACGGCGAGCGCCGGCGCCAAGUGAGGGUGCCGUGGCUGUAGUGGUGCCCCGCGCGGCGGAGAGAGAGGGCGGUGCGCCAUGCUGGCCUCUAGGGGGCGCGGGCAUUCCGGCAGGACUGAAGAGCGGAAGCAAAGUGUGUGCUGCGGUGGGAGUGAGGAAUGUUUGGACGGCCAGCGCUCCUUGGAGGGGCGUGCGGUGGGCGUCGUGGCCGCGCUGGUGGAGGGCUCGGUUAACGCCCCUAAGGAGUCCCAGUCCCUUUGCGCCCUCGCCUCCUACCUGCUCCCCCUCAACUCCCGCCUCCUGACUGCCGUCAUGACUGCGGUAAUGGCCGGCCGGCCCCGCUGGCUGCCCCUGGAGUACCACUGGGCACCGCUCGACCAUGACCCGCUGCUGGGGUUGCUGCAGCUGGUGGGAAUGCGCCUCACCGCCUUCACCUACACCUGCCACCCGUUGUCCCGUGAGCCGUUGCUGCAGGCCCUCGCCGCCAUGCCUGUGCUCGUGUUCCUCUCCCUGCCGAAGACCGCUGACAAUGACGUGCUGGCGCUGGUGGGCGCCACCUGCCACACGCUGGCCACCCUUUGCGUUCGGGGGUCCAAAGGUGUAACGGACGACGGCGUGCGGCGCCUCAUCCUCCGUCGUCACACCUUCACCCGCUCCCGCUGGCGCCGCCUCUUCACCCACUGGCGGGUGCUGCGGGCCUCCCUCACACGUCAGCAGGCCUGCUACCGCCCGCUUCCACCUGCUGUCAUUAACGACCAGGCCCUGCUGCCGCCCCUCGACCCCGACCACCUCAACCCCCUGAGCGCCACGCUGACCCACCUGGACUUGGGCGGCACCAGAGUCACUCUCCAGACGGCGGAGUGGGCCCGCGGCCUCCUGUCCUCCCAGGCGUGUGUCGAGGUGACCAGCGCCACCCAGCGCGCCAUGAACCCUCAAGACUCCCUUGAGGAUCAGAUGGUCGGUCUCCUGGCGCCCCUCACACCUUAGGCCGGCCGCACCAGCCAGGAACACACACACACACACACACACACACACACACACACACACACACACACACACACACACACACACACACACACACACACACACA